GGCGCGGCGGCGGCGGCGACCGGGUGACGGGGUGACGGUUUGCACUGGAGUGAGCGGCGGCGGCGACGGCGACGGCGACGGCGACGGGUUGUCGAGCGGGGCCCGGGUAGUGCUGCAUCCCAAAGUGGCAGGAAGGUAUUGCUGUGAAGAUGUCGCAUCUCAGCGAUUGCAUUCACUUGGAAUCCGUGGGCGAAGUGACGAAAGACGAACUGAUUGAGAAGUCUCAUGGCACUUGUCAAGAUUGUAAAGUUGGUGGUCCAAACCUCUGGGCAUGUUUGGAGAAUGGCUGUUCCUAUGUCGGAUGUGGAGAAUCCCAUUCGGAUCACAGCACUCUCCAUUCCCAGGAGACCAUGCACAAUCUCACUGUAAACCUCACCACCCUGCGAGUUUGGUGUUACGCGUGUGGCAAAGAAGUCUUUUUGGAGAGGAAACUUGGACCCCUACCAGUACAGCAUACAAGAAUACUUAAAGUCCCCGAACACCCGGACUCCUCUCCCGAGCCGUCACCAAAGGAUCGUAACACGAUAGCAGGAAGUUAUCUCGACCCAGAAGCUGAAUAUGACGACAUCAGGAAUAGAGGUCUCACUGGUUUGAAAAACAUUGGAAACACUUGCUAUUUGAAUGCUGCUCUUCAGGCCCUUUCCAACUGCCCGCCCUUAACUUUGUUUUUCCUUGAAUGUGGAGGCUUGGUGCAGACGGACAAAAAACCAGCCUUGUCGAAAAGCUACCAGAAGCUGAUGGCAGAAAUCUGGCACAAAAAUCGCCCGAGCUAUGUUGUGCCUACAAGCCUAUUCCAGGGGAUUAAAACUGUGAAUCCAAUGUUUCGUGGGUAUUCUCAACAGGAUGCCCAAGAAUUUUUGCGCUGUUUGAUGGAUCAACUUCAUGAAGAACUAAAGGAACAAGUUGCGGAGCAGAUUGCAGAGUCCCAAUGUAUAACCAUGAUCGAGCAAAUGGAAGAAGAAAACUCGUCAGAUAAUGAAUUUCAGUCUUGCGAUUCGUGCGCUGGUAGCGAUAGAGCUGAUGGCGAGAGCAACCUGAAGAUGUUGACUGAAGAUCAGGGGGGAGAGCUGCUGAUGCACGAGGAACUGAAGAAUCACGCUCUCACUAAAGUCCGGUCACAAGAGAGAAGUUUGCUGCAUAAACUUUACAACCACAGCACGGGAGACGACUUGGAUAAAGACAUGGAUACUUCCACAGAGGUUACCACAGAUGUGUCAAUGCACAGUUCGUCGACACCUAACAGUCCUAUGCUGAAUGAGGCAAAUUCAAGGUUGUCCAGCAGCCCACCGCGAUCUACUUCAGUGUGGGGAGGUCUUGUUUCCUCACACAAAAAAGUUACCUCUUUUGUACCGCUUAAAAAAAGAAAACAAGCAAAGUACAAAAGUGUUAUCUCUGACGUCUUUGACGGUACCAUUGUGAGUUCGGUGCAGUGUUUGACUUGUGAUCGGGUGUCCACCACUCUGGAGACAUUUCAAGAUCUCUCCCUGCCUAUCCCGGGUAAAGAAGAUUUGGCCAAGCUUCAUUCUUCAAGUCACCAAAUGUCCUUGGUGAAAGCAGGGUCAUGUGGUGAGGCCUACGCUCCACAAGGCUGGAUCGCGUACGUCAUGGAAUACAUCAAGAGUUGGUUCUGGGGCCCUGUUGUAUCUUUGCAGGACUGCUUAGCUGCCUUUUUCGCCAGAGAUGAGCUCAAGGGUGACAACAUGUACAGCUGUGAAAAGUGUAAAAAGUUGAGAAAUGGGGUGAAAUUCUGCAAAGUGCUGGUGUUGCCAGAGAUUUUGUGCAUUCACUUGAAGAGGUUCAGGCACGAACUCAUGUUUUCCACCAAAAUCAACAACCAUGUGUCAUUUCCAUUGGAAGGACUUGACCUUCAACCUUUCCUCGCUAAAGACAGCCAUUCUCAAAUCACAACGUAUGAACUUUUAUCUGUUAUCUGCCAUCAUGGUACCGCAAGUUGUGGCCACUACACGGCUUUUUGCCUAAAUGACCUGAACGAUCGAUGGUACGAAUUUGACGACCAAUCUGUAACGGAGGUGUCUCAGUCGACUGUGCAGAACGCAGAGGCUUAUGUGCUCUUCUACAGGAAGAGCAGCGACGAGAUGCAGAAGGAAAGGCAGCGAGUAACGCAUCUGCUGAAUAUGAUGGAGCCAAGUCUGCUCCAGUUCUACAUCUCGCGUCAGUGGCUGAACAAAUUCAAGACGUUUGCAGAGCCCGGGCCCAUUAGCAAUAAAGAGUUCCUCUGUGUCCAUGGAGGUGUUCCCCCUCGGAAAGCCAGUUACAUAGACGACCUGGUCGUGAUGCUGCCUCAGAAUGUGUGGGACUAUUUGUACAGCAGGUUUGGAGGGGGUCCAGCUGUUAACCAUCUCUACACCUGUCAACACUGUCAGAUUGAGAUCGAAAAGCUUGAAAAGAGAAGGAAGAUGGAACUGGAAAUGUUUGUGCGGUUAAACAAAGCUUUCCAAGAAGAAGAAUCGCCCUCUGUUAUCUACUGCAUUAGCAUGCAGUGGUUCAGGGAAUGGGAAGGAUUUGUCAAGGGCAAGGAGCAUGAGUAUCCUGGUCCAAUUGAUAACACUAAGAUCGCCGUUGGCAAGAGCAACCACCUCUCUUUAAAGCAAGGAGCAGAUUCCGGCCAAAUCUCCGAGGAGACGUGGAAUUUUCUGCACUCGAUCUACGGAGGGGGCCCGGAGAUCGCUCUGAGACAGAAUGUCGUCCACCAGGACACGUCUUCCGCAGAAGAAAAAAACGAGGUUGAAAUCCGUCCAGUCCAAUAAUGGUUAAAGCAAAUAUUUAGGAACUGAAACUGAGAUGAAUAAUUUGCUGAAUUGUGAGCAUUCCAGGAUGUGAGAUAUUUUCCAAAUCUAAUUCUUGCAGUGGCAUUAACAGUACGUGCUUAGAGACAAUCACAAAGUCAUCCCUGUUUUUGUAAAGUAGUUCGACGUAUGUUUCUGGUCUGCCUGUAAACUGAGAGAUGAUUGUGUUUUCUGGAUGGUAUCUGAUGUAGAUUUGGUCUGUGAAUGGCCCACGCACUGAAAGUGUACGAGUACGAAGCAAAACGCUUAUAUUAAGUCGACUCAGGAAAGCACUGAUUAUUUGUUUCUUUGCACUGCACUGUGGAUGAAAAAUGUAAAAUUGCAAAUGCCUUGUCCUUGCUAUUGUGAGCAGGUAAAGGAAUAUUCUUGAGAGCUCGCAAAAAUGAUGCACAUGAGUCUGUGUAAUAUGUAGGUCAGGUUAACCCCGUGUGUGCAUUCACACAAGUUAGAGCAUCUUGCAAAGAAAGCUCUUGAGCACAACAUGUUAUAUUGCCAUUACUGGAGAUACCUAAUUUCCCGUCUCUGCCUUUUCCCAAUUCAUAUUGAAGGUCAACAAUAUGGGUGGCACAGCGGUAGAGUUGCUGCCUUACAGCACCAGAGACCCUGGUUCGAUCCUGACAUGUCUGUACGGAGCUUCUACGUUCUCCCUGUGACCGCAUGGGUUUUC